GGAGCUUGGAGGUAUGCUCUGUUUCAUUAGAGGUAUGCUACUUGUUUCUUUAGAAGUAGUCCUCCUUCAGGGAACUUUCUCCAGUUUCUGGUGCCCAAGUACAGAAGAGAAAAGAGAACGUCUGGACAUUUUCAAUAACAAUCCGGGACUGCAGGCUGAGCUUUAAAAAGCAGGACUGUCCUACUCAAAACGGGACAGUUGGGAGGUAUGUGUCCCGCUGGCCCAGUCCGACCCUGUGAGGGAGCACUGGCCCAGGGUUUCGGGUUUAGUGGCAGCUUUUUCUAGUUCAUUGGCAACUACUGAAUGACUUUAAGUCUGGGCCUGUCAGGAGGAACGUUACGUGGGGAGUGCAGGUCACUGCAUAGAAGUCACCAUAGAUGGAGAGUGAUUCUUUGGUUUGGAGAGUCUAAAGAUGGCCAUAUACCCAACCAGAGGUGCAUUAUCUUGUGCAGAGUAUUGAAUGAGUAUUACUUUUCCAACAGAGUGUGGGAAAAACACAUUAGGAAUAUUUGACUGACAAUUUGAUUAAGUGCAAAACUGCACUGAAAUACCAUUGGGAAACAGAGGAAGAAUACAGAAGAAUAUAAUCAUCACCAACCUGGGAAUUCACAAGACCUGAGGCAUGCCGGGCAGAGGCUCAAACAACAGGAAGCCUUUUAAAACAUCAUCAAUGGGAGCAGCACCCAGUCAAUAUGCUGAAGAAGUAGAUGGUAACCAAGAAGAGAUGUGCCCCAUUUGCCUAAGUAGGUUCAAGAAGAAGAAAACGCUGGACAAGUGCAAGCAUUCAUUCUGUGAGGACUGUAUAAGCAGGGCUCUACAGGUGAAGAAAGCCUGUCCGAUGUGUGGCUGUUUGUAUGGGCAGCUGACGGGGAACCAGCCGGAUGGCAAAAUGGAGAUUUUCAGGGACCCCUCUUUGCACCUACCUGGCUAUGAGAAAUACGGGACCAUUGUUAUCCGUUAUACAUUCCCAGCAGGCAUUCAAGGGCCGAACCACCCAAACCCUGGAGUGAGAUACCCAGGAACAACUCGCGAGGCUUUCCUGCCCGACAGCAACAAGGGAAACAAAGUUCUUAAAUUAUUCGACAAAGCCUUCGCUCAACGUUUAACCUUCACCAUUGGGACAUCAGUGACCACAGGGCGGUCCAACGUCAUAACGUGGAAUGAUAUUCAUCAUAGAACUAACAUCACAGGAGGACCACAGAUGUUUGGAUACCCAGACCCAACCUACCUGCAGAGAGUCGAGGAGGAGCUGGAAGCCAAAGGCCUCACAGCUGACUAAUCGAAGAGUCUGCCUAAGAAGAGCAGAAACCGUUCGGAGAGAGGAUGAUUUAUUUGUUUUCUAAGUGACUUUAGCAAUUUUCUUUGUUUUACAUUGGAUUUGCUUUUUGUGAUAUGUUACGUAGAGAUAGAAAGGACACUGAAACAGAAUCCAUUCAGAGAAAAACAUUUCUUUGGUGUUCAAGUUGCCCAAUGAGGUCUUUCUUUUUCAGUUAUCUAUUUAGAAUUGACUCUGAUUCACCUUUAAAACCCGAAUAUAAUAAAACUAAUAUUUUGUCAAGUUAAA